CCCACGGUCGGUCUCGCUUCUCUUACCUCCCGUGGGACACAAGACCGAAAAUUUCGCUUGGAGGUGUGUCUCAAUAACGCAUUUUCAUUGGUCGCAAUACGAAACCGUAUUGCGAUGUGUAGCUUUAAUUACCCAAUCAAAGUCAUUGUUGCAACCCGUAUGUCGGGAAGGAUUUGCAAACAAUAUGGAGACAUUCGAGGCGAAAGUGAAAGAAGUUUUCCAAAUAAACGAUCUAAAAGACUUUCAAAGAGAGUCUUUGGCAGCGCUGUUGAAGAAAAGAGACGUUUUUCUGUCUAUCAAAACCGGAGGUGGGAAAAGUAUUUGCUACCAGGGCUUCCACAAGGCAUAUAACGCUAGUUUUGACGACAACAAUCCGAUCUCAGUUUUGGUCGUCACACCUAUCCUUUCCAUUAUGCAUGAACAGUGCAAUUCAUUGAAUAGUUUAGGAUUUCUUUCAGCAUUUAUUGGUGGUGAAAACGACGAUUCCAUAUUAAGAAAUGAAAUGCAAUUCAUUUUCACCUCACCUGAAAUUGUGCUAAAUGGAAAGUGGAGAGAUUGGGUGACAAUCAAUUCAACCAUUAGAUUAAUAGCUGUAGAUGAAGCCCACACAGUGUUACAUUGGGUUUAAAUUAUUCCCCUCAUUUUUAGGGGGAGAGUCUGCGAGCGAGGAAGACCCUUUCAGACGUUGGUAUGGUCGAUUAGGGGAACUGCGAAGCCUUGUGGAAUGUUCUGUAAUUUUGAUGACUGCUACAGCAAAUUCAGCUGCCAGGAAAGCCUUACAAAGAAAAUUUUGUAUGACAGACUGUUUAGAAAUUAUAGAGAACCCAGACAGGAACAAUAUUAAAUUAUUUUUACAGUGUGUUAAAUACAACACUCCACUAGAGAAUACAUUCUUCUUUCUAAUUCUGAUGUUAAAAGAAAAAAGAGAGCUCUGUGAUAGGUAUCUGAUUUUUUGCCCUUCUAUCAGAACUUGUAGUAAAUUGUACACUAUGUUUAGAAUUAUGUUUAAAGAAAAUGUUAAAUUGAUCGAUCAUAUUGAAAUGUAUCAUUCAAAAACCACAGAUGAUGUUAAACAAUUAGUAAAAGAGGAUAUGUCUAAAGAAAAUGGCAAAAUUAGAAUUCUUAUUGCUACCAGUGCAGCUGGAAUGGGUGUGAAUUUCAAAGGAGGGAGUGAAAUAUACAAUUAAUUAUGGUAGCCCCCGAGAUAUGGAUACUUUUGUUCAGCAGUAUGGCAGAGCAGGUAGAGAUGGUGGCUCAGCAAUGUCUUUAUUAAUUUACACAAAACGUGAUAUUAAAUGUAUAGAUGAUGACAUGAAAAUAUAUCUUAAAAAUGAAACCAUAUGUCGUCGUGAAAAUAUAUUAUCUUCUUAUAAGAGUAAACCUACUAUGGAUAGGGACAUGCAUAUGUGUUGUGAUAUAUGUGAUAAGAAGUGUCAAGUGAAAGAUUGUGAAAAAUGUAGUUAAGCACAACAUCCUUAUUAUAAAACUCAAUUUCCAGC